AUGGACAUCCAAGCUCAGGAUUCGAGAACGAGAUCGACGAGGGAGACAAAAUGGAUUACGCGGGUCCUCCAACUCGACAAUCCAGAGCGAGUGCUUGUUUUGAAGCUUGACACCUUGCUUCUCACUUGGGCCUUCGUGGCAGGUCUCACCAAGGACAUGGACCAAUCGUCGACAACGCAGGCUUAUGUGUCCGGAUGGCAAGAAGCACUGUCUUUGUACGGCAACGAGCUCGUCGAGUUUACCACCUAUUUCUCUGUCGGAUACGCCUUGGCCAUCGUUCCUUCACAAAUGAUCCAGACUCUGAUACGGCCGUCCAUAUUCCUGCCUGCCUGCGAGGUUAUUUGGGGACUUUUGACCCUAACGACAUACGCUGCAAAGAAUGCUCGGGCUGUCUAUGCACUCCGUUUCUUUCUCGGUAUAUUCGAAUCAACAUCGUGGCCUGGCUUGGUCAGUCUUAUCUUCAACUGGUACACCCCGGCUGAGCUCGGAAAAAGGCUGGCUAUCUUCGGCGUCAGUGGCGUUGCAGGAAGUAUGUUCCUCGGCAUCUUGCAAGCAGCUCUAUACAAGAACCUUAACGGUGCAGGAGGCCUUGAAGGAUGGCAAUGGCUCUUCAUAGUCAGUGGCUGCAUAACAAUAUUCUGGGGUCUCAUUGGCUUCUUGAUCAUUCCAGACUCACCGAGCAUUACACGAGCAGUGUGGUUAACCAAUGCUGAGCGCCGUCUAGCUGUUAGACGCAUGGAGAAGAACGACACCGAGACUUCCAAGCUCAUUGACUAUAAGAGACUUUUCAGGAAAGCCAAGCUCAUUACACUCAACCCACUUGCAUGGCUCUACAUGGCAGCUUAUCUGCAGUACGCCUGGAGCCAAAGGGCUAACAGUUAUUUCCUCUUAUAUCUGAAGGGACUUGAAGAGCCAAAUGGGGAACCGCUAUACAGCACGUAUACCGUCAACCUAAUUCCCCUCGGCGGAUAUGGCAUAUCGAUUGUAAGCAACGUUCUACUGAACGCUAUUAGCGAUUGGAAGAAAUGGCGUAUCCAGACCUCAGUCGGCCCUGCAGUCCUGCAAAUAAUCUGCUGCGCUGUUCUCUCCACAUGGCCCAAUUCAACGCCUACAAUCAUGACCUUUUAUUUCCUGACCUUUGCCACAGCGGCGUGGGGGUAUUCCCUCCUUGCAUGGCUGAGCGAGAUCCUCAGAAAGGAGCCGGAGGCUCGAUCGCUCCUUGUCGGUGCAUCGGUGACGCUUGUUUACGUCGGACACGCAACCAUACCUCUCCGCGCAUGGCGGACGGCCGAUAGCCCCACGUACCCGGUUGGUUUCCCCCUUGCUACAGCAUUCGCCGGGGGAAGUAUUCUGGCGCUCCUGGGGAUGUAUUUCUAUGUAAAGAGCCAUUCAUACAUUCUGGAACGAGGACUGGAGCCAUCAAUGACCCCCCAUGCCGAAGGCGACGAACAACAUCGCGGUUCUCAUGCUGGUAUGGAGGAGAAGGAGGCUCUUGGUAGUGUGUCGGAGGUGCGGAUGUAG